AUGAUCUAUAUUUGUACCUUACACUUCUUGCAAGUGUAUACAGCCAUACUAUAUCGUUCCUCCUGGAUCAAUCGAUCCCUAAGGUGUUCAGAUGAUUCUUUAUCAGCAAUAUCAUCGAGGGAGGCUGCUAUGCCUGAUCCCAGAAGACUUUGCAGCAGUUCAGCACGUCCAAGCCACAUAUCAACCUGUGACAGUGCUUCAGACAAUUCAUCGUCAUGGCCUCCGAAGCAACUUUAUCAGACUGCAAUAUUCCAGAACUCUUUCUCUUCCUAUGACCGUCUUUCGGUGCACCCUUAUCUCCGGAGUUACGAGGGGUCCAGGAAAAUGCUCUACGAGCCUCUUUUUGCAAAUGACUCAGGCUGCUACUAA